UUAAAAAAAUUUUUUAUACAGGAUUAAUGUUGUAAUUUCCAUUCUUUUACAGAUUUGGAAAGAAGUAACAUGGAUGUUUCUCUAAUGUGCUGUUGAAAAAGUCCUCUGUGAAAGGAAGCUUCAUCUGAAAAGCUGAUAUUCAUGAGAAAGCAGUACCACACCUGCUGACAACACUGUUGAGUUUUGUACGGAUUGCUUUGUCCUCUUUAAAUACAAAAUGGAGACCCUUUCCCAGGACUCUAUUUUGGAAUGUCAGAUUUGCUUCAACUAUUUCAGUCCUCGGCGCAGACCAAAACUCCUAGACUGCAGGCACACAUGCUGCUCUGUGUGUCUCACUCAGAUGAGGACCAGUCAAAAACAGAUUAGAUGUCCAUGGUGCCGAGGGGUCACCAAGCUGCCAGCAGGAUUCUCUAUCUCUCAGCUUCCAGAUGACCCCGAUAUGAUCAAUGUCAUUGCUAUCCCACAUGCCUCGGAACACACCCCGGUCUUCAUCAGGCUGCCUAGCAAUGGUUGCUACAUGCUGCCCCUCCCCAUCGCCACAGAAAGAGCUCUAUUGCCUGGAGACUUGGGUUGCCACUUGUUGCCAGGCAGCCAGCAAAAGGGAGUCACCAUGGUGACAGUUCCCCAGCAGCAGCAGCCCUUGCAGGACAGGCCAGGCCCUGACAGUGAAGAAGAGGAGGCAGAGAGGCAGAGAGGUGUGAAAAGUUCCACCUGGUCCGGGGUCUGCACUGUGAUACUGGUAGCCUGUGUUCUUCUGUUUCUGCUUGGUAUCGUCUUGCAUAACAUGUCCUGCAUCUCAAAGCGGUUUACUGUCAUCUCCUGUGGCUGAGGCUCAGCUUGAAAGAAAGACUCGAUGUGUGUGCACGAUAACAUGGGUGGGGGCUGAAGUGACUGUAUUGGGACUUCACUGAAAACAGUAGUUUACGCAGCCCAGUGUUAAGCAUUCACAAGCAUUGGGCUGCAGAUAUUAGCACAGGAACCCACCCUAAGAAAGUAAAACAGAAUGUGCUUAAGAAGGCAUCAGGAUUUAACAUUCAUUCCAUUCAGGUCUUGCAGUGGUGAAGAACAUUGCAUGCAUCAUUGCAAACCUGCAAUGCCUACAGUGAACAGUAGUGCAAAACAAUCACCAUACUCUAAAUGUCGGAAAUACAAAAAUAAAAAAUGUCCUGUGCUUAGUUGGAGAUGCAGUAUAACAUAUCUAGAUGCAGUUUCCCUUGUAGUUGGUGCUGCAGUAUCUAAACAUUUAGAAUCAGUUUCAAUUAAGGUGUGCUUUAGGGAUAACUAAAUGCUGAUUAAUGUGAAUUUUCUUCCCAUUCCUAGACAAGAAAAAGUUACUAUUGAUGUUGCUAAAGCUUACAUUGUUACAUGUACUGCAUUACAGUAUACAUUGGUAGGAUGUCAUGUGUAAAAAUAGGGAGCACAAUAGUAUAUCAAUACCAGCAUUUUAGGUGCAAGCACAGAUCUUUACUUAAAAGCAAUGCAACCUUAUAACCAAUGUUCCGUUUUUGGUGCAAUAACAUUUUUACUUGGCAUUGUUUUCUCUCUAUGUCUGUCAGAUUGGAUUCUAGAGCAACAUGUGUUCAUAGAAUAAAAAGUGAGUGCAAAGAAAGAUGGUUUGCUUUAAUGCUGUGAUCCUGCCUGACUGCAUGCAGAUAAUCUGUGCAUUAAUGCAUUGUCGUUAUUAGCGUCUUCAGGAAGUUAAAGCACAACCGCUUUUGAUUCAGGAAACAACAUUGUUGAACCCAUUUCCUCUUCAUGUUGAACAGUUUCAGAUUUGGGUGGCUUUAUUUAGGAUGAGGAACUGUUUUUGACUUGACUUUAGCUGGGUUUUGUGUAAAGGAAUGUGUACAUUUUAGCUGUUGGAAAGAUAAAGAACAUAACAGUCACAGUAAGAUUGGUGUAGUAGUGUUUCAUCCCCGACUGCCAGCUGUUUUAUGUGUUUUGUCAUUUGUGUUGUGCCAAAUUUCUUGAGCAGUUAUACAAUAUAAUUCCUUCAAUCAAAUUAUAAGGUAAAUCUUUAAAAAAUGGAAUCAAUAUAUUGAUUUUCUUAUACGUGGUCUUUUCAUUAUGUCAGUUAGGAAGGAAUGACCAACCCCUUCCUAAUUAAUAUAUUAAAGUAACGCAUGCAGUUUUAAUCACUUGAAGGCACUUGCCAAAGCAUUUGUCUACUUGAAUUAGUUUGACCUUAUACGGUAUAAAAGCAAUGAAAUGUGUGAAAAAACAACAAACAGGGUUUGUGUAAUUUGUAAUCAAAACAGAAGAUUGUGUGUGUUAUUCAUUUCAGUUUCCUGACGUAUUUAUCAAAAAAACAAUGAGCUUCCUCGGACAAAGCUCCCGGGGGUACAGUGCAUGAUAGAAGUAAUUUGUGUUUUGACAAGGGUAAGGGUGGGUCUUAUCAAGUGAUAUUGAUGUAUAACUAUGUGUCUCAGUGGCUAGAGGUUAGUAUUAUUGUCAUUUUACAAGAAAUGCUGUUGUAUGAUAGGAGUGGGGGUUUUCCCGCUAUGUGUGUCGGUUUAUAUAAAUUAAAUGACGUAAUUUAUAAAAUGCUGGGAAGUGUUUAAAAUGAUUCUCUGACCCACUGGUAGCAAAGCCAUUUGCACAGAUUUGAUUGUAUGUUUAUAGCGUGGCAAUACCCGUACUUGGCUGCCUGGUUUGAAAAUAAUGAAUGAUUAUUGAUGAUCUGAAUGAUGAUUAUGCCAAGGUUGGUUGGUAUUGUAACUGUGUAGCUCUGGAAUACAGUUACAGUUGAUGACAGCCCAGUUCAAUCUGUUGCUUUAAGUGGAAUAUGAUUUUGAAGUGACCAGCUACAGAGCAGUGUAUGUAAUUAUUUGAUAUCAAAUGAAGCUCAUAUGAGUAGUCUUUUGUUUCAGAAAAUAAUGCAAUUGCUUGUUUGGUUAGUAUUUUAAAAUGCAUUAUCAAACUGCCCUCCAGAUUCACCAUUUCCCCUUUCAAUGCCAUGCAGGUUAACAUCUUGUUCAAAUAGUCGAGAUGUAUGUUUGUUUUUGUUUUUUCCCCCAGAUUCCCAGUAAUGAUAAUUAUGUGACUUUUUGAUCCAACAAUGUGGUCUACUUUAAUAAUCUUCAAAAAGGAUCUUAACUGUACAGAAGUUUACUUUUCUUCUUUAAUUUAACAGACAAUUUGAUGCGGCUCUGGACUUUGAGUUAUUUUACUCCUGAGAUUUUUUUUGUCUUUCAAUGUAAUAUGGUACGAAUUAUACCAAUUAAACUGUUCUCUUGCCAAUUCAAAACAUUACUCAAAUAUGUGUUAAUAUUUUAAAGCAGUUAAAUAUUUGCCAAAUUCUUAGAAGUCAAAUUUGUAUGCAGUAAUGUAUGUGCUGACUAAAAUAUAAACUUCUGGAAGCUUAUCUUAUUCUCAAAUGAAUCCAGACUCUGCCAGCCUUAUAGACAUUUGACUUAACUGGUUUUGCGUGAACUGGCAGUAAAUCAUGAAAUGCUCAAUGCCUUAAAGUGAUAUCAGCAUUUCAGUCACUGUACAGAUGGUUAUAUUUGUUUUAGGCAUCUGUCCUGUGUGCAUGUAGCAAUGGCAUUGUUCCUUAGAGUUUCUACUGAAGCUUGAAAGGUAGCCCCUUUGUUUUCAAGAACACAGUUCUGUAUUCUACAGUGCCAGUAAAUCCUAAGGCAUGGAAAUCAAAGACAGAUGUCGGAAUUCUCCCGUUAUUGCCCAGAGUCAUGCAAAUCCAGUAAAGCAUGCCAUCACCUGGGGGGGGGGGAGAGUGUGCCAGCAGGCAAGGAGAGUGUGCCAGCAGGCACACAGGGGCAUUCAGCAACACACACCUACAAUGAGUUGAUACCUCCCUGACUCAACCAUCAAUAUCUAAAUAAAAAGAUUAACAUUUUGUAAAGUGUUUGAGUCACUUUUUGUUGGCAUACAAAUUAUCAUAGAAUCAAAAAUGGCACAACAUUUGAUUGUAUGAUGGGUUAAAUCUGAGGACAAAUAGAUGCAGACUUUGUUAUGAUGAUGUUUUUUUUUUUUGUUUGUUUGUUUUUUUUGUACUUUGACAAAUCUGAAACCUGACAUUUGAUUUUUAAAGUACUGCUUUUAUAAUGAGCUUUCUCAGUGCCAUGGGAAUUUAUUUGCAUAUGCCUGAAUCUUGAUGGUUGUUUUUAUAACAAAGAUCAGUGAUUCUUACAACCCAUUGAAAUUAAAUAUUUGUAAACCAGCAUUGAUCAUUGAUUUCCUCCUAAGUUUGAUGUUCUAUGUUCACUGACCAAAAUAUAACACAAAUAAAAAGUUAAGGGCAUGAUGAAAAUGUCUGAACACUUUGUCUUAUCUUUGAAGAUACUGUAGGAACCAGAAUUUAGAUGAUAAUUUACCCUUGAUACUUGCAUUUAAAUGACUAUUGACCCUUGAUAUUUGACUUGUUGAUAUUUUUGAGCACUGCAAUAUCCUAGUUACACAGAAUACAUGAUGGUUUGUAAUACUUUCACUGUGCACACCAAGUGCCCCCUAACCUGAGGAAAUGUGGUAUCAUGUCAACCAUUUAACAUUUAUCACAUGUAAAAAAACUUCUGUUUUUUUUUUCAAUCUUUACCUUUUUAUAAAGGGAAGGUUUAAGUGUAGUAGUGUGCCAAGCAACAAUUUAUGUGAGGUAGUCAAUCAUUUAUUUCAGUUAUGAUUGAGGGCUCAGAUCUGUAGCGGUACUUUGUCAGGUGCUGUCAAAUCCCACUGUGCUUCAGCAGUAUCUGCGCAGAGAAAUCUGUACAGUGUGUCAGUACGUUCCGUAGAUAAGAAAGUGAAGAGAAUGUUUUUGGGUGACAGGGUUGCUUUCUCAAAGAUUGUGCUCUGCAUUGGGAUUGUGAUGCUUAAGAAUGUGAAAAGGUUACUCACACAUUUGUGUUAGUUUCUAUGUAUAACCCAAGGUGAUUUUUUUUAUGGAAUCCAGGUUUAUUUUAUUUCAUAAAUAUUUAUUAUAAGGGCAGUUUGAAAUAUCUGUGUACACUGAUGUUUCUAAAAGUGAUUUGGUUUACUGAUGCUGUGGCCAGCAGUAUUUAAUUACACCGUACAGUGAAGGAUAUUGCAACAAUAUUUAUAUCGAAAGGUGCAGUGCCCCUCAAAAUAGUGUUUAACUCUUUCUCUUAACUCCCCCAAAGAUGGUGGAAAUAUAACUCAAGAGGACAGACUGCUAAUAACUACUCAGUACAACAGACCAGUUAACCCACCCUAGUUUUUUGUAUGCACUUAUAUGAUUUUUGUAUGACUUAAUUCCAUAAAAGUCUUUUUGCAAGGUUACCUAGUGCUUAGCAAUACUUGAAAAAUUCACUUUCAGUCUUGAAAUGAGUUUGCUGGGAGUAGAAUGCUUUUGUGAUACUGAAACCUCCUUUGAGGAAUGUAAGCAAAUUGUGUAUUCUGCUUUUAAAAUAAACAGGUUCCAGAAGGCCACAUUCAUGCAACAAUGUACACCCGUAAUCACCAAGGAACUGUAAUUCAUGAGUUUGGGACACUGCAGCUUUAAACCACAUUUAAAACGUGUGUACCUUACAUGAAAAACCAAACGCAAGUCUGAAAAGUCAUGCAGUAAACCAACCUAGUUGUAAUUAAGGGUUUUGGGCUCUCAAUUGUUGAAGUAUAAAGUAAAUGUUUACCACAUGGCAUUAAGUAUUUUCUAUUUUGUUUUUAAUAAAUCAGGGAUUGUGUUUUAAAACUGCUUCCCCCACCACCAACAUCAAAUAUUGUGAUACCAUAUAUAUUGAAAAUAUACAGACUUGUCCAUAUAAAGUGCAAAGACAAAGUAUGUUAUGUUUAAUGAUAUUAAAAAUAUAUAUUUAACAAUGUGAUAUCAAAAUGAGCUUACUGUGAAAAAAAAAAAAGCGUUUUCUUUUGCAUAUGUGACCUGGAAGUGAUACGCUCCCAAACAAUGCGCUUAUUAAAUUUAAACUUUUUAACAAAUUAAUGUUAUUGUCCAUUAAGACCUGCCACUCAAUACUUUGGACUGACGAAAGCAACCAGUCCUGUACCCACAACUGCAGAAUCAGCCAAUCGCAGCCUGUCAGCUCAACUGGAGCUCCACAUCUUUCAACAACAACAAACAUAGAUACACACAACUCAGAAAUAUUGCUCCAUUCAGAUAUCUGCCGCAUAACUCCAGUCAGGGUUAACUACCACAUGGUAGAGCUUCAAUGAUAAGCACUAUCGCAUAAAUUAUGUCCUUGUCUAAAUGGUAUUGUCUCUUACCUUUGUGAAGCAGGCAACUACUGUACCAAAUACCCUUUUAAGAAAUCACUGGACAUUGUGAGUUUUAAGUAAACCAUGCAUUUAGCUGCAGUACAGCUUCUUGUAUUUUAUUUUGUAAUUGAAUGAUGGUAGAUGUGAUAACAUAAAGUCAAAAAUAUUAGAAAUAUAUAGGCUUUCACCAUGGUGUGCAGGUAAUAUUGCAAUUUUCAUAAAAUAAGUGAGCAAUUUAAGGAAGAUUAGCUUCUGGUAACAGAUUUUGAUGUUAUACUAGGUACAUCUGCCUUGCACACGCAUCGAAAAAAGGGCCAGGUGUGCUAUCAAAUGAGGUCUCCCUUGAUAGUGCAGCAUGCCAUUUCUGUUGAAGGUACUGUUGAUGCGAGACGAACCUGAAAAUGCCUUUUAUUUCGGAGUUUGUACACCACUA